UCGGUUAAGAAUUUGGAAUUUUCAAAUUGAUUUUUGUUGGAAUAACAAUGCCGAUUACCCAUAGCCCCAAUAAUGCCUCUGGGGGCGUAGAAACGGAUAAAAUGAAUAACGGUACUUGUUCCAUAUGUAAUGAAAGUGUACAUUCGGAUGGCGACAAGGUGGAGACAGCUUGCAAACAUAAGUUUCACUUGAGUUGUAUUCGUACUUGGUUAGAUAAAAAUCCGACUUGUCCAAUUUGCCGUCAAGCAUGCAGUCUAACUGACUUGAAACCGAAUACUGAAGGUGUCGAACGAACGACUGGUGCGAUCCCUCGUGACCGGCGAAAUACCCGAAGAUACGCUCAGGGAAACCCUCAACUUCGAAAUACUUCAGGUAAUCCCCAAACGACAGAACGAGCACAGAGUCCUAGCAAUCAGCAUAGGGCUCCUGCAACACAGGCAUCCCAUCCAAGUACGAUAUCGGAACGUAAAGUACAAGAAAUAGUUGCUCAGGCGUUGGUAGAUUUUCGCAAUGAAAUGACAAGCACUCUUCUGAGCGAA